AUGAGUCUGCUGAGGCCCAGCGGGCUGAAGUCCCCCACCAAGAUCCUCAAGCAUGGGAGCUGGGCCCUGAAGGCACCCUCGGCCACUGCUGCUCCCGUUGAGAAGACCAUGCCUGGGGAAAAAACCCCCAUCGCCCCCUCAUCGGAGAUGCAGGAGGAGUUUGUGGGCGACUUCCAGGUCGGGGAACGAGUCUGGGUGAACGGGAACAAGCCUGGAUUCAUCCAGUUCCUCGGGGAGACCCAGUUUGCCCCUGGUCAGUGGGCCGGGAUCGUCUUGGACGAGCCCAUCGGCAAGAACGACGGCUCGGUGGCGGGUGUGCGCUACUUCCAGUGCGAGCCGUUGAAGGGCAUCUUCACCCGGCCGUCCAAGCUGAGUAGGAGCUUGCAGGCCGACGAUGAGACCAACUGCCGGCAGCCAGCGCCUGCCGCCUGGGCCACACCGCCCCUGUCGGCCUCCCCGGCCCCUGCCAGCACCGCGAAGGUGCCCCAGUCCCCCGCGAAGGAGUCACCGGCCACCCCUCACAUCAGCAGCCUGACCAGGACGGCCAGCGAGUCCAUCUCCAACCUCUCUGAGGCCGGCUCCCUCAAGAAAGGGGAGCGGGAGCUGAAGCUUGGGGACCGGGUGCUGGUGGGAGGCAUGGAGGCCCGUGUGGUGCGCGUCCUCGGGGAGACGGACUUCGCCAAGGGGGAUUGGUGCGGCGUAGAGCUGGACAAGCCACUGGGCAAGAACGAUGGUGCCGUGGCCGGAACGAGGUACUUCCAGUGUCAGCCCAAGUAUGGCUUGUUUGCUCCCAUUCACAAAGUCACCAAGAUCGGCUUCCCGUCCACGAUGCCGGCCAAGGGCAAGGUGGCCGCUGUGAGGCGUGUGAUGGCCACCACCCCCGCCAGCCUGAAGCGCAGCCCUUCGGCCUCCUCGCUCAGCUCCGUGAGCUCCGGGGCCUCAUCCGUGAGCAGCAGGCCCGGUCGCACGGGACUAUUGCCGGAAACCUCCUCCCGCUUCGGGCACAAGAUCUCCGGCACCACCGCCCUCCAGGAGGCCGAGCUCACCAAGGCCAGCGUGGAGAUCCAGGGGCACCACGAGGAGGCGCCGCAGGCCCUUCAGCAGCUGCUGCUGCAGGAGCCGGCGACCCUGCUCCGGCCCCCGCCAACCAACCUGGCGCCACGGAGCUCGGGCAUCCGGCCGGAGGCCCCCCAGGGACUGCUGCGCCGGCAGUGCCCCCUCCUGCGGCUCCGCAGCCACGGGCCGGCCCCCGAGGGGCGGGCAGGGAACCCCCGGGACGCGGGCCUGAGCGAGGCGCUGCUGGUGAUGUCCGCGUUUGGGUCGGCUGCUAAGCUUUAG